AUGUCGUUCGUCGCUGCGACCAACCCCAACACCACUCGGGCACAGGCGGUCGUCAGCCACAACCUCCCUGAAAUGCAGGGCAGCCCCGACUUCGACGAUGCUGUCCACGGACCCCCCGGCACCGCACUCUCAGACCAGGAGAAAAGCGAGGAUGACGAAACGCUACAGGAGCAGGAGGAGAAGAUAGAGGCUAGGGUAGGAGAUCUGGCCCGGCGACUCACGCGCCAAUCGACCCGAUACUCGACCAAAGGCGCCCUGCAGAACCCCUUCGCCGUGGAGGAUCCGGAGUCGACCCUGAACCCCCACAGUCCCAACUUCAAACCCAAGGAUUGGAUCAAGAUGCUCCUCGCCAUCCGGUCCCGUGACCCCGAGCAAUAUCCCGACCGCACCGCCGGAGUGGCCUUCCGGAAUCUGAGCGUUCAUGGCUUUGGCUCCCCGACCGACUACCAGAAGGACGUGCUCAAUUCGCUGCUCGAAGUCGGGACCUUGGCCCGGAAGUUGGCGGGCUUCAAGCUGCAGAAGAUUCAAAUCUUGCGCGAGUUUGAGGGUCUGGUCAAGAGUGGUGAGAUGGUCGUGGUCCUUGGACGGCCCGGCAGUGGUUGCUCGACCUUCCUCAAGACCAUUGCCGGGGAGAUGAACGGUAUCGAAAUGUCAGAUGACUCCAUGCUGAACUACCAGGGUAUACCUGCCAAAGAGAUGCAAAAGGCCUUCAGAGGUGAGGCCAUCUACAACGCUGAGACGGAUGUCCAUUUCCCCCAGUUGUCGGUGGGCGACACCCUGGCGUUUGCAGCCCAAGCAAGAGCCCCUCGGAACCGCAUUGAAGGGGUCAGUCGCAAACAAUACGCAGAGCAUAUGCGAGACGUGGUCAUGGCCAUGCUUGGCCUUUCCCACACGGUCAACACCCGGGUCGGCAACGACUUUGUUCGCGGAGUCAGUGGUGGUGAGAGGAAGCGUGUUAGUAUUGCAGAGGCCACCCUCAGCCAGGCUCCGCUACAGUGCUGGGACAAUAGCACGAGAGGUCUCGACAGUGCCAACGCCUUGGAGUUUUGUAAAAACCUGAAUCUCAUGAGUAAAUACUCCGGGACGACGGCCUGCGUUGCCAUCUACCAGGCGUCCCAAAGCGCCUAUGACGUGUUUGACAAGGUCACCGUGCUCUACGAAGGACGGCAGAUCUACUUCGGCCGGACGACAGAAGCCAGACAGUUCUUUGUGGAUAUGGGAUUCGAAUGCCCCGAGCGUCAGACCACUGCCGACUUCUUGACAUCUCUGACCAGUCCAGCGGAACGCCAGGUCCGCCCCGGAUUCGAGAAUCGUGUCCCACGCACUCCCGACGAAUUCGCAGCUGCAUGGAAGAAGAGUGCUGCACGAGCCGCCCUGCUCAGGGAGAUCGAGGCUUUCGAACAGCAGUACCCGCUCGGAGGCUCUUCCUACGAUGCUUUCCUGGACGCCCGGAAGGCCAUGCAGGCCAAGAACCAACGUCUGAAAUCGCCAUACACCAUCUCCGUGUGGGAUCAGAUCUCUCUCUGCACCAUCCGUGGCUUCCAGCGGCUGCGUGGCGAUUUCAGCUUGACCGCCAGUGCCUUGAUCGGAAACUUCAUCAUUGCCUUGAUUGUGGCUUCGGUUUUCUUCAACCUCCCCGACACGACUGCCAGCUUUUACUCCCGCGGAGCCCUGCUGUUCUACGCCGUGCUUCUAAACGCCUUCUCCAGCGCUCUCGAAAUCUUGACCCUGUACGCCCAGCGCCCGAUUGUGGAAAAACAAGCGAGAUACGCCUUCUAUCACCCGUUUGCAGAGGCCGUGGCAUCGAUGCUUUGCGAUACCCCUUACAAGCUAAUCAACUCGAUCACGUUCAACAUUCCCUUGUAUUUUAUGACUAACCUCCGCCGUGAUGCUGGUGCCUGGUUCACAUUCUGGAUCUUUUCAGUCGUCACCACGUACACCAUGUCCAUGAUUUUCAGAACCAUUGCGGCGACCUCUCGCUCCCUGUCGCAGGCGUUGGUCCCUGCCGCCAUCCUGAUUCUUGGUAUGGUCAUCUACACAGGUUUCGUCAUUCCCACUCGCAAUAUGCUGGGUUGGUCCCGCUGGAUGAACUACAUCAACCCAAUCGCCUAUGCUUUCGAAAGUUUCAUGGUCAACGAGUUUUCAGGACGUGAGUUCCCCUGCUCGGCCAUCGUCCCCUCCGGCGGUGACUACGACUCUGUGUCGAUGGAAUAUCGCAGCUGCUCCACGGUCGGCUCGCAGGCGGGCUCGUCCAUUGUGUACGGCACCCUCUACCUCAAGGAAAGCUUCGAAUACACCAAGGGCCACGAGUGGAGGAACAUGGGUAUCAUGAUCGCAUUCAUGGCCUUCUUCGCCUUCACCUACCUGGCUGGCACGGAAUAUAUCUCGGAGCAAAAGUCGAAAGGUGAAGUCCUCUUGUUCCGUCGGGGUCACCAGCCCAAGGCCCUUCCCGGAGACGGUGAUCUGGAAUGUUCAAGCGGCCCCGGCGGCGCCGUCAAGUCCGAGACUCACCCCAAGCAGUCCGAAGUCCGCAUUCAAAAGCAGACGGCCAUCUUCCACUGGCAGGAUGUCUGCUACGACAUCAAAAUCAAGGGUGAACCCCGACGCAUCCUGGACCAUGUGGACGGCUGGGUCAAGCCGGGCACCUGCACCGCAUUGAUGGGUGUUUCCGGAGCCGGAAAGACCACCCUGCUCGAUGUAUUGGCCACACGUGUUACCAUGGGAGUGGUCACGGGCGAGAUGCUUGUCGACGGACAGCCUCGGGAUCAAUCAUUCCAGCGCAAAACAGGCUAUGUUCAACAGCAGGAUCUUCACUUGCCUACAUCUACCGUCCGUGAAGCCCUUCGGUUCAGUGCCCUGCUCCGCCAACCCGCGCACGUCAGUCGUGAAGAAAAACUGGAUUAUGUGGAAGAGGUGAUCCGACUUCUAGGCAUGGAGGCCUACGCGGAUGCGGUGGUGGGUGUGCCCGGAGAGGGACUGAACGUGGAACAGCGCAAGCGGCUCACGAUCGGCGUUGAGCUCGCCGCGAAGCCCCAGCUCUUGCUCUUCUUGGAUGAACCUACCUCGGGUCUGGACAGUCAGACCUCGUGGUCGAUCCUGGACCUGAUCGAUACCUUGACGCAGCACGGACAGGCCAUUCUCUGCACCAUUCACCAGCCCUCCGCCAUGUUGUUCCAGCGCUUUGACCGUCUCCUCUUCUUGGCCCGCGGCGGCAGGACCAUCUACUUUGGCGAAAUCGGCGAAAACUCCACCACUUUAUCCAGCUACUUCGAACGCAAUGGAGCCCAUCCCCUUCCCCAGGGCGAGAACCCCGCAGAGUGGAUGCUUGAUGUGAUCGGUGCAGCCCCAGGUUCCCACACCGACAUUGACUGGCCAAAGGUAUGGAGGGAGAGCCCCGAACAUACCGGCGUCAAGCAGCACCUGCAAGAAUUGAAAUCCACUCUCUCCGCCCAACCACAAUCCGGCACCUCCGACCCCGAAGCCUUCCGGGAGUACGCCGCCCCAUUCUACAUCCAACUAUGGGAAUGUCUGAUCCGCGUCUUCGCCCAAUACUACCGCACGCCCAGCUACAUCUGGUCCAAAACCGCGCUUUCGAUCCUCACAUCCCUGUAUAUCGGGUUCUCGUUCUUCCACGCCACCAACUCCAUACAAGGCAUGCAGAACCAGAUGUUCUCUGUGUUUAUGUUGAUGACCAUCUUCGGCAAUCUGUGCCAACAAAUCAUGCCGCAUUUCGUCACCCAAAGGUCCCUCUACGAGGUGCGCGAGCGUCCCUCCAAGACCUACUCGUGGCAAGCCUUCAUGACAGCCAAUAUCCUUGUUGAACUUCCCUGGAACACCCUGAUGGCUGUCCUGAUGUUCAUCUGCUGGUACUACCCGAUCGGGCUCUACAACAACGCGAAGCCCACUGACGCAGUCACCGAACGCGGCGGUCUCAUGUUCCUACUCAUCUGGGUCUUCCUCCUCUUCACCUCCACCUUUGCGCACAUGGUGAUCGCCGGCAUCGAACUCGCUGAGACAGGCGGCAACAUCGCCACCCUCCUCUUCUCCCUGUGCCUCAUCUUCUGUGGCGUCCUCGCCACCCCCGAAGACAUGCCCGGCUUCUGGAUCUUCAUGUAUCGCGUCUCCCCCUUCACCUACCUGGUGUCUGCCAUGCUCUCCACCGGCCUCUCCGGCACGACCGUUACCUGCGAGUCCCUCGAGUAUCUCACCUUCAGCACCCCCAACAACGAGACCUGUGGCACCUACAUGGCCUCGUAUAUCAGUACGUCGGGCGGAUACCUCAAGGAUCCCUCCGCUACGGACUGCCAGUUCUGCACCAUGAGCAGCACGGAUACUUUCCUCGCGGAGGUGUCGAGUUAUUUCUCCGACGCGUGGCGGAAUUUCGGGUUCAUGUGGGUGUAUAUUGUCUUUAAUAUUGUCGCCGCGGUGGGCAUUUAUUGGUUGGCCAGGGUGCCGAAGGGGAAGGGGGUGAGGGGGACGACUUAGUCGUGCCGUGUGGGUGGAGAGAUGUUUGAUCUGAAUCAACCCGUAUCGGGGAGAGAUUGAUACAUUCCUUUGUCGAGGCAUUCGUCAACCUAUCUCUUCUGAUAGAUUCGAUCUGGCAAUUGUCUUUGUCUUUGUCUAUUUCAUUCCCAUCAACCCUGUACGUGGUGGGUAAUUUAUUUAUUUAUUUAUUUAUUUUUUAUUUGUUUUUUUUUUUCUAAUUCUGUUCUACUUGGUCGAAUUCCUUUCCAUUUGUCUAUCCUUACAAGAUCGCUUUCCGCAUUAUUCAUUGGUUGUUGAUUGUUCGACCUGUGUAUUUUGACUCGCUGUCUUGUUUUCUGUUUUUCUUUCACUUCUUACUGUCUUUAGACUGUCAUCUUACCGUAUAGACUAGAGUGGGUGGUAUAACUGAUUAGUG